AGUCCCAACUUUCCAGGUACUACUUACAAGUGGAGGUAGACCCCGGUAGACCCCCGUAGAACCAAGGAAGUAGAAUCAAUACACCGGCCCUACUUUGGUGUGCCCUCUGCCUUCGACCGUGUACCAAGGAGCCCUCCCCCGAACCAUGGCAUCGUCGUCUUCAGUCAAUAAGUCCCAACUUGCUGUGGCUAAUCUAAAAAAAGUGCUUCAAUACAUGAGUCAAGGCACCAACUUUAAUGCACCCAUUUUGAAACAUUGUCGCCUAAUCAAGGGAGAACCAAACUAUGUAGUGCUCGGGUACAAAGUGCCUCAGGAACACACGAAUCCCUACGGAACCCUUCAUGGAGGAAUGAGCGCCACCCUUGUGGAUAUUGUAUCGUCCAUGGCCAUUGUGGAUCACGAAGAAGAGAGUCUGGGAAAACUGGGCGUAUCUGUUGACUUAAACAUCAAUUAUCUCAACGCUGCCAAAGUCGGCGAGGAACUGCUGAUUGAGGGACGUGCUUCCAAGAUCGGGAAAACGCUCGCGUUUUUGGAAUGUGAAAUCAAGACCAAGGACACGAACAAGAUCGUGGUGAAGGGCACACAUACCAAGUUCAUUGGCUGAACAAUGGAACAACGAGCCUCGUGUUUUUGUAGUAGUACAGACCUAUUUAAGCUAGUGCUUGUGCGAAUGGGAAAAAGACCUGUGAUAAAAAGACUAUAAACGACAA